AUGGACCUGGAUGUUUCGAUCCUGUCGUUCGUGGUGGCGCUGCCUGGAGUCGCGGUGUGUAUGCUGAACAUGUACCUCAGGGACAACAACACCAGCACGAGCAGCCGGGAGUUGCGUCCCCCUGCCCUUUACAUCCGCAGCAAGCGCUUCCCAUGGGGUGACGGCACCAAGACUCUCUUCCACAACCCCCACGUCAACGCCCUCCCUGACGGCUACGAGCAUCAUGAGUGAAAGCUGUAAGGAGCUCUACCAGAACUCCCCUACAGGGACCAGAGGGCCCUCUGUCUUCCCUCUCAUUUCCCUGGACAUCUGUCCAGGCUUGGACCACUCCUCUGUUUCUUUCAGUUUACAUGACCUCUGUCCAGUAUGUUGAUCUUACCUCUGUGCUUUCCACACCUAGUGGAAAUACCUUAUGGAAACAGUUACAUCUGCUGAAGGACCAUCGUAUCACAUUAUCUGCAUAAACUGAAAUUAAAAUCCAUUAAAUUAUAAA